AGAGCACUGACAUCCUGGCAUUGCCCACACUUUCCUGACGCAGGCACUUUGGCCUCACAAUGCACCUGCCUCUUGUCUCAGUUCUUUUGUGGAAGACUUAAGAACCCAUGACAGCCACUGUUUCUGCAACAUCAUCAGGACCUGGCCCCGUCGUGGCCCACAGGCAGCGCUGAUCCUGGAGCUCCGAGACUCGCUUUCUUCUUCUCGGCACCUAUCGGUUCUCAGCACCUCACUUCAAUCUUCAGCCACUGCAGACCUGUCACAGCACCAAGCGGUGCAGGCAUGGAUGGGAAGAAAUGCAGCGUCUGGAUGUUUCUGCCUCUUGUCUUCACUUUGUUCACUUCAGCUGGGCUGUGGAUAGUAUACUUUAUAGCUGUGGAAGAUGACAAAAUUUUACCAUUAAAUUCAGCUGAAAGGAAGCCCGGUGUGAAGCGUGCGCCUUAUAUAAGCAUUGCAGGUGACGAUCCUCCUGCCAGCUGUGUGUUCAGUCAGGUCAUGAACAUGGCAGCGUUCCUAGCUCUGGUAGUGGCUGUUCUGCGCUUCAUACAACUGAAACCAAAAGUUCUGAACCCAUGGCUGAACGUUAGCGGCUUGGUGGCGCUGUGCCUGGCCUCCUUUGGAAUGACCUUACUCGGUAAUUUUCAGCUCGCGAAUGAUGAAGAAAUCCACAACGUGGGAACGUCCUUGACCUUUGGAUUUGGCACACUGACCUGCUGGAUCCAGGCUGCCCUGACACUCAAAGUCAACAUUAAGAACGAAGGACGGAAAGCUGGAAUCCCACGGGUGAUUCUGUCUGCACUGAUCACUCUCUGUGUCGUCCUCUACUUCAUCCUCAUGGCCCAGGACAUCCACAUGUACGCAGCCCGGGUGCAGUGGGGCCUGGUCAUGUGCUUCCUGUCGUACUUUGGCACCUUCGCUGUGGAGUUCCGCCACUACCGCUAUGAGAUCGUGUGUUCCGAGUACCAGGAGAAUUUCCUAAGCUUCUCCGAAAGUCUGUCCGAAGCCUCUGAGUAUCAGACCGACCAGGUGUAGCCCGUCAGUCUGUCCUUGCUGGUGAGAUUGGUGUGGUGGCAGGGGAGGGGCAGGAGGGCACGCUGACAGAAAGUGACACCUCGCUUCACGACACACUCCACACACACACACACACACACGCACACACACACACACGUUCAUGGCUUUGUUUGCCAAACAAGCUUUGUAGGGCAAGUUGUUUCUUUAAUGAAAAGCACAAGCCCUUGUGUGUCAAAGUACAUGCUGUUACACUGAAAAAUUAUGCACACCAGAGCCAGAAGCUUGUGCAUGGUCACCUCUGUCUCCUGCCCAUCCCAGGACACUGUGCUCUUCUGCGUUCUGUGUCUCAUGUGACCUCCCUCCCUUGGAGAAGGUGGGCCAGAUGUGACAGGGGCUGAUGCCCACUCCCUAAGUUGCCUUCAGGUCCCGAGGGCUUGGAACAAAUACAUGAGAAAGUUGUGACCCUCCUGGAGUGGAUAAUCGGUGUCAUUUGCCUGGAUGGACACUGGGUGGACAGGUGACCCUGAAUAGCCCGAAAGAAAGCACGGACAGAACUUCCCCAGGAACACUGUCUUCACCAUCACCCCGCAGUUGGCUGUGUGGCCCCAGUGAAAGGGGUCUGCGACUGUGUUCAAGGGAAGGUGCAGCCGUGAUGGGCCCUGAGCCACAGUACCUGAGAAACACCCACAGAUGUGAACAUUCACAGGGACGUGGUCUGCGGGACCUGGCGCGGAGAGGGGUUUAAUUUUGUUUCCACAGUAAGUCAUGUACAGUUUUUGUUUUAUAGUUCAUGGUUUACCUUUUUAAAAAAAAAAAAAAUAACAAAAGUAACUCAUGAGUGUCCAGAUUUCAUGGAUAAAGACAGGAGACCAAAGGCAAGAACUGAGCUUGUUUUGAUUAAAACAUGAAAAUAGAAAAAAAAAA